CACCUCUGUGGCCGUCCCGGGUCCUGAGCCUGGAUGUGAUAGGUCUGGUUUCAUUGCAGCUCCAGUCUCCUUCAGCUCAACCUUCUCCUGGUGACGCCUGGCUUGGCCGUGCUCUGUGAGGAAUAUCUCUGAAUAAAGUCACUUUAGUUCACUACUAGCCUCAUCCUCUACAGAUACAAUGGCCGUGCCUGCCUGCUACGCUGACUUGGGCAAGUCUGCCAAGGACAUCUUCAACAAAGGCUAUGGAUUUGGCUUGGUGAAGCUCGAUGUCAAGACAAAGUCAGCCAGUGGAGUGGAAUUCAAAACAGCUGGUUCCUCCAACACUGACACCAGCAAAGUUGCGGGCACCCUGGAAACUAAAUACAAGAGGUCAGAAUACGGCCUGACCUUCACCGAGAAGUGGAACACCGACAACACCUUGGGAACAGAAAUCACUGUUGAAGAUCAGAUCGCCAAGGGACUGAAGUUGACGUUUGACACAACCUUCUCACCAAACACUGGCAAGAAGAGUGGCAAAGUUAAGACCGCCUACAAGCGCGAGUACGUUAACAUGGGCUGCGAUGUCGACUUUGACUUUGCUGGCCCCACCCUCCACGGAGCUGCUGUCGUCGGCUACGAGGGGUGGCUCGCCGGUUACCAGAUGAGCUUCGACACUGCCAAGUCCAAGAUGACCCAGAACAACUUUGCCAUUGGCUACAAGACGGGAGACUUCCAGUUGCACACCAAUAUCAAUGAUGGCACCGAGUUUGGAGGCUCCAUCUACCAGAAGGUGAGCGACAAGCUGGAGACGGCAGUCAACCUGGCCUGGACCGCUGGCAGCAACAGCACACGUUUCGGUAUUGCAGCCAAAUACCAGCUGGACAAGGAUGCCUCCGUCAGCGCUAAAGUGAACAACAAUAGCCUUGUUGGUGUUGGCUACACCCAGACUCUUAGACCAGGUGUGAAACUCACCCUGUCUGGUCUGGUCGAUGGCAAGAACAUCAACGCAGGAGGCCACAAGCUGGGUCUGGGCUUGGAACUGGAAGCCUAAGCUUUCAACGUACUGCAAGGGACUAGGGAAUAUCAGAAGAAUCUGGCCUUAAAUGUAUGUCCGACUCAAACCAGCAGGGGGAUAUCUUGGAGAGAUUGGUUCAAAGGCUACGACAACAAACUCUAACUUGUUGAGUACCACUUCAAGUUGGUGCUUUUGUCAUUGGUAUAUUUUACCUUUUGUUGCUUUUUACUUUGUAGUUGCAUCUUUUCAAGAGACAGUUGGUGGCAUUAUUUAUAUAUCAUGUCAUUGUUUCUGUCCAGCACUGCCAUAAUAAUGAAAUCCAAUACAAUCCCUUUGCCUGUCACCAACUCUGCGUGGCUUUAUUGUGGUAAACCCCAGACAGUCAACAUCAGUUGACUGCUUUGUGCGGUGAACGUUGUCAUACCUUCUCUCUGAUUUUACAAUCAUGACCAUCUGAUAUUCCUUUGUCAUCUACACAGUUUUAAUUUACAAACCUUGUUAAGUACACUAGUCUUUUUCUGCUAUUAUUUAAAUACUGCUGCACCCUUCCUGUUCAUGCACACAAGGACAAACUAAAGCUCUGUAAUCUUUUUGUUUUGCGUCGGCCAUCAGGGUUUGUGAUGUUCUGUUGAAGCUGCACAUGUGACCUUCCCUUAAAUUGGGCAGUUUUUGGGUUGCUUAAAGUCAGGUCUGUCAGUUUGAAAGAAACCCGUACACUUGGCCGACCAAGCAGAAUUAGUUUUUGUUCAUUCUGUACUAACAGACAACUGGGGGGUACAUAAUUAAUGUUCACAGUAAUGCCAAACUAUCAUUGUCCGGAAGAGGUGCAACUUAAAGUUGCACUUGUGCACUCUUGGAAAGUGCUUCCCUGCUCUGGGCUGUGACAGCCCGCAGGAAGUCUUGGAGGUCCUUAUGUGUAUGUAUACAUUUUCAAUAAAGUCUUUGAACUCCA